AUGCUUACAGGCGUAAAGUGGUUUAGUACGCUGGACCUGAAAAGUGGCUACUGGCAGGUUGAAAUUGAACCUAAGGACAAGGAGAAAACUGCAUUCUCCACAGGAAAGGGUCUGUGGCAAUUUAAAGUCAUGCCGUUUGGAUUGUGCAAUGCUCCAGCAACGUUUGAAAGGUUGAUGGAGCUUGUACUUACCGGGCUAAUUGGAGAUGCCUGUCUGGUCUACUUGGAUGACGUCAUCAUCGUAGGCCGUACGUUUGAGGAACACCUUCAAAACCUGGAACGCGUGCUCAUUAAGAUCCAGAGUGCCAACCUCAAGUUCAGUCCGAAGAAGUGCUUACUAUUCAAACGGCAAGUUAGCUUUUUGGGGUAUGUAAAAUUACAGGUUAGAGCAAGUUUGUGCUCUUAUUAUCGGCGAUUUGUGAAGAACUUUGCAGAUAUAGCCAAACCUCUGCACAAGCUAACCGAGGAGAAGCGACAUUUCUGCUGGAAUGAAAGUUGUGAUAUUGCAUUCCAGGAGCUCAAGAACCGUCUGUGCAAAACACCUAUUUUGGGGUACCCUGAUGCGGGCAAGAAAUUCAUAGCUGACACAGACGCAAGUGAUAUAGGACACGGCGGUGUGUUGUCUCAACGGAAUGGUGAUCAAGAGAUUGUGAUAGCGUACUUCAGCAAGUUGUUGUCAAAGCCGGAAGGAACUAUUGUGUCACAAGACGGGAAUUGCUUGCUGUGGUAA